UCGUGAAUUUAUUUUUCAUCUCAAAUUAACAAAAUCGAGCUCGUCAUCAGCUAUGUCGUCGUUUUAUUUCCAAAAACGCGUGGUGAUGGUUUCGGCCAGUCUCACAACAGCGAUAGUUCUACACCAGAUAAUACCUCUUAUUCAUUUUCUCUCUUCCCACGAAUCUCUGCCGAACUUCGAUUAAUGAUAUGGGAACGUGCAAUUCCUGAUCCUCGGGUCGUACCUCUGAAAACACACAAUACUUCUCGUUGUGAGCAUGCGAUGGUUAGAGUACGAUCAGACAUGGUUGUGCCAGAUAGAUGCCAAAAUCAUGGUUAUCCUCAUUCAAAUGGUACCCCCUGCACCAGCAUGGACGGUGUAUUACCAGCAGAUAUGGACAUUAUCGAUGUGGUUCGGAAACGUAUCAAAGACGACGAUCAACUUGGUUUCUCAUCAGAAGCAAAAAUUCCUAGCUUAUUGCUAGUUUGCAAAGAAUCAUGCAAGGUCGCAUCCAAAAGAUACCAACGAGCAUUUCCAUAUGAAUGGUCUUUUGCUGAGACUUACUUUGAUUACGAAAGAGAUACAUUGCUUCUUUCGAAUAAGCAGAUUCAGUUUGCAAUUCUUCCGGAGGACGACAAAAGCCACCUUAUGGCGCGGUCUGAGGCAUGUAAAAUUCGCAAUCUUGCUCUUCAAUUUCGUCCCAAUCCUAGGGCUUCAGCAAGAGAUGACCGGAGUGUCAAAACUGAAGACCUUGCCGAAAUACUGGAAUUGUUCUGCAAUGUCGAAAAUUUAACAAUUGUGGUAGAAAAUCAUCUACCCUCCGGUCAUGCGAACGGAUUGUCCUCGAGUCGGAACGACAAUGAGCCAGUGUUAUUUGAGGCAAUUGAAAUCAACGAGGCGCUGCUCAUGUUUUCACUCGAGAGAAGAUUUAGUGACUACCAUGGAGGACUUCUUCAAGAGAACGUAAACCGACUCAAGCUAAGGUUUUGCAUGAAGUGCCUCAACAGGAAGAGAUUGCAGGACAUCGCAAAUGGCUUCGUGUGGAAUUUACCGACAUUUCAAUGGAAGAUUCUCACUACCGCUGCGUUCCAGGCCAGGUUUGAGAGAUUACAGAAAGACUAUGAGCUACGCACCGGCAAUACCUGUCACAGAAUCCACGAAACGUACAAAUUAACGCUCGAUACAAGCCAGCUGUUUCUUCAUCCCUAAGUUCAUUUGAAUGAACUCUUUAUCUCAAAUGGAUUCAAUGUUCUGAAUGAUUUCAAUCUUCGAAAUGAACCUAACAAUCGAAAUAUUCUCAUCGUUGGGCUGCACUCUGAAGUAUUGGAUACCUUUGUCUGGGAUUGAUUGGUUCCGCAUUAUAAUUUGGGGGUAAAUGGCAACGGCUGACCUUUGUCAUAUCAAUCUGCCAUAUUGAAGAUCUAUAGGAUUUCUGGAGAAUGAUUAUGGGAAGCUCAAUUUAUCCUAGGAGGAACUAUUUUCUGAGAUUUUCACUGCUACAACAAAUUGUAAUCUUACAUUAAAAUGUCUAUUCACCUGAUUGAUUGGUAUUAGCCAAGAUCAUGUGUCUACACUUUCGACAUAG